AACCGUAUCAGAAGACCCAUGUCUGGUUAUGAGUCUUAAAGGACACAAAAAGUCGAUUACAGAUGUGUGUUUCAACCCAGGCACCAAACAAUUUGCAAGUAGCAGUGAAGAUAAUUCUUUAAUGAUAUGGAAUAUGGACCAGAAUAUUCGAAGUUACAAUUUCUCAGGUCACAAUGACAUUGUCACCAGUGUAGAAUUUUCUUCAGAUGGAAAAUUACUAGCAUCCAGUUCCAAGGAUCAAAAUGUUCGGUUUUGGGUACCAACAAUUAGAGGUGAAACAUGUGUGUUCAAAGCACAUACUUCAGCUGUUAACUGCGUUAGUUUCUCUCCUGAUAACAAAAAAAUAAUAACAGGAUCCAAUGACAAAUCUGUGAAAGUAUGGGAUGUAUCAAAGAGGCAGUUUAUUUCUAGUCUUGUAGGACAUAAUAAUUGGGUGAGGUGUGCUAAAUACUCCCCUGAGGGAAACUUUGUUGUGUCUGGCGCUGAUGAUCGCACUAUUCGAGUUUGGGAUCCAAAAACUUCUCAGUGCGAACAUGUAUUUGUAAGCCAAAGUAGUAGUCCAACAUAUCUGUCAAUUCACACUAACAACAACACAGUGGCAGUUGCUAUGGACUCGGGUUCCGUUAGAGUAUAUGAUUUACGAAAUAAAAAACUUCAGCAGCAUUAUACUCUUCAUGAGGGUUCUACCACUUGUGUGUCUUGGCAUCCAACAGCAAACUUUUUCUCAAGUUGCGGGAAAGAUGGUAAGAUUCGUAUUGUAGAUGUAAUGGAAGGAAGACCAUUGUACACCCUAGGCGGACACGAAGGAAUUGUAACUAGUUGCAAGUUCAGUUCUGAUGGAAAAUAUUUUGCUUCUGGAGGAAGUGACAGAUUUAUUAUGUUGUGGAAAACAAAUUUCAUAAACGAGGACUAGCUGAUUUAUAGUAUUAAGUGAUUGUGAAUCUACAGAAUGGUAAACAAUUACCAAGUAAAGUUACUUUAUGAUGGUUGUGAAAGCAGAAGUAGAUUUGAGAGAACCAGCUUUGUAACAUUAUCAGUGACUUUCCUAAUUUUUAUAAAUCAUUGAAGUUAUGUAGACUUACCUCUGUGAGGGAGAAUUUUCAGUUGAUCUUCAAAUUCCUCUUUGAAGAAUUUUUUUACUACACCCCUGUUGACCACUUUGUACUUUUACAUUUAUUUCCAAGCAAAAAUUUUAAGCUAAUUCUGCACUCUACUUACAAAUUUUUUGUUAUUCAUCUAACAAGAGAGCUUAACGUUAAGCUAGCAGAACCCAACCAAUUGAACCUGACUACGCCAUAAUUUUAGGAAUGUCCCCCUAUCAUCGAUUUUCUAAGUUAAUAACAAAAAUUAUAACUUCUCAUUUUUUGUUAAGAUGUACAAAUGUUAAUUUAUGAAGGCUUGUAUAGAAUAGAAGGACCACACCAUUUGUUUAAUUUUUCUGCCCUUUAACUUGAAAUUAUGUUUUUUAAGAUAAAUCUCACAACAUAAAAAUCAAUAUUAUACUUUUUCGACUUUCAUCUAGGAUAUUCAAACUUUAACCUUGAAAUUAUAUUUUAGUUCUGAUUCAGAAAUUCUGACUUGAAUGUAAGAAUUAUAUAAUUCCGAUUUUAUCAAACUUCCAAUAAUAUGAGACCAAUAGGAAAUAUGAACUUGAUCUCAGUCAGGUUUAGAGGUAAGUUUAGGUUAUAUGAGGUUCAAACUCGGAUCUUCAAUAAAUUCAAACUCUGAAUUGAGUGAUAUUUUUGAGAAAAAUUACGGCCCUGUUACGCCAUUAUUCUUCUUACACAUACUUAACUAUCAAUAAAAUUGGUGAUGGGCCUAAAAUGAAUUAAGUACUUAUCCAGUGGUUUCCACGAGCUGUUUUUAUUGAUAUGUCGUUGUUGAUCAGAAAAUUAAACAUCAAGACAUCAAA